AUGCUUGAGAAGCUGGAGUUAUCGCAGCAGCAGCAUGAGCUGAUCAAGGCUCACUGCGAGGCCAUCGGGAUUGAAUUUUUCUCCACGCCGUUUUCGGUGGCUGCAGUGGACAUGCUGGUGGGCCUCGGGGUACGGCGGCUCAAACUGUCUUCAGGAGAGCUUACCCAUCGUGCGCUUGUGGAGCAUGCGGCUGCCACCCGGUUGCCGCUUCUGAUGUCUACCGGCAUGGGGACCAUGGAAGAAAUCAGCGAGGCCGUCGAAUGGAUUCAGGCGGUACGCGGCACCUUGAAGGACGUUGUUGUCCUUCAUUGCACAUCGGCAUACCCGGCACCUGACGGGACACUUAACUUGCGCGCCAUGGUGAGUAUGGCCAGCAAUCUGGGUGUGGCGACAGGUUAUUCGGACCACAGCCUGGGCAUUGAAGCUCCACUGGCUGCUGUGGCACUUGGCGCCGUGGUGAUUGAAAAGCAUCUGACGCUUGACCGGGACAUGCCAGGUCCUGAUCACAGUGCAUCUCUUGAACCUACAGAGUUCGCGCAGAUGGUCAGCGGCAUACGCCGGGUCAGCGCCAUGCUCGGUGAUGGCAUCAAGGCGCCGCUCUCCGAGGAGCUUGAUACCGCCAAGGUGGCGCGACGCAGCGUCGUGGCAGCGGUGGAUAUUGCAGCCGGAGAAUUUCCGCCUGACCGCACCUACAUGGACACCUGGGAUGCGCAUGCCAGCUUUGAGGCCAUGGGCGAAGCCAAAGCGCUGGAUGGGCGACCCGGGACAAAACCGGGCAUGCACGUCACCGAGACCCUGGACUACGCGAUUGUCCUGUCCGGUGAAAUCUGGGCUGUCAUGGAUGUGGAUGAAACCCUGCUGCAAGCGGGUGAUGUGCUCAUACAGCGCGGUACCAACCAUGCCUGGAGCAAUCGUGGUGAAGAGCCUGCCCUGGUGGCAUUUGUGUUGAUGGAUGCGCGCGCGGCCGUGUCUGCCAAUGCUGCGGGCCUGUGA